AUGGAGAGAUAUAUUGAACGAUUUUGCGAAUUUACAACCUUUGAGAUACCACGUUAUUUAUUCUGUGAACCGCGUCAUGAAAUUCAAUCAAUUGAACUGCAUGGAUUUUGUGAUAGCUCGACGAUUGCCUACGCUGCUGUGAUUUAUGCAAAAAUACGAACUAACCUCGGCGUAAGUGUUUCGCUAGUGACUGCUAAAACGAAAGUUGCGCCCCUAAAGCCGCAUUCUGUUCCACGUUUAGAAUUGCUAGGAUGUGCUCUCUUAGCAAAGUUGAUGAGCCAUGUGCUUAAUGCGAUCAAUGGUAGAUUGAAAGUUGAUCGUUUUUUCGGUUGGUCAGAUUCGGAAGUUGCCCUUUGUUGGCUAAAAGGCAAAUUGAAGCAGUGGAAGCCAUGGGUAGAAAACAGAGUUGUUUAUGUUCGAUCAGUCAUUCCAUCGGAAUCAUGGUUUCACGUUUCCACCAUUCAUAACCCCAGUGAUAUACCUACCAGACCAGACAAAAUUGGUGACUUCAAUUCAAAUUUGUGGUUAAACGGUCCUGAAUUUCUGUCUGAUUCCAGCUUUGUUCCACCUGAGUUUCAUGUCAACAAACAUUCAUUCGAUGUUUUGUCAGAAGAGAAGAAAAGUCAUGUCACUACUAACAUUAGUCAUUCCACUCAUCAUUGUCAUUCGCAGUUACAUGAUAUUAUAGACGAGACUAAGUUUAGCUCACUGAAAAAGCUUAUAACUACCAUUGGAUAUGUUUACAGAUUUGCGAAUAAAUUGUUAAAUCGAAUUCGAAAAAGAGACUUAUCAGUAUGCAACGAUCGUGAACUGUCGACUCAAGAAUACAAAAGUGCAUUUGAUAUUUUGAUUACAAACAAUCAACGAAAACUUCGAAACAACCAAAACUACUUCAACAAACUUUCGUCCGCCCUGAAGUUGUUUGAAGAUGAGAAAGGAGAUUUACGUGUUAAAGGACGUUUUGGUGAGAAUAAAAAGCUUUCAUAUGACGAAAGGUAUCCGUUGAUUCUUUCGAGUGAUUCACAUUUUACAAAACUUCUGGUUGAAGAUGCCCACGAAAAAACAUUUCAUCAAGGCGUAGAAGCGACACUCAACAUGUUACGAAUGAAGUUUUGGAUUCCGAAAGGUAGACGCACAAUCAAAUCCAUUUUACGACAGUGCAUUGUUUGUCGACGAUACCAAGGCAAACCUAUUAAAUCACCACCGACUCCAGAUCUACCAGAAUACAGGUAUUGCGCUUCGAGAGCUUUUGAACACGUUGGGUUCGAUCAUGCUGGUCCACUCUACAUUCGUACCGAGAACCGAAACACGACAAAGGUAUACGUAUUAAUACUUACAUGUGCUACUACUAGAGCUGUGCACUUUGAGCUUUCACCCGAUUUAAAGACGCCAGCGUUAAUUAGAGCUUUCAAAAGAUUUCAAUCCAGAAGAGGAACGCCUGCUACGGUUGUGCAUGAUAACUUUAAAACGUUUAAAUCUAACCAUGUAAAAAGAUUUAUGAGACAUGAGUCUAUUGAAACUAACCCGAUUCUCCCCAAGAGUCCUUGGUGGGGAGGAUUUUAUGAAAGGAUCGUCAGAUCAAUGAAAACCGCUUUGCGUAAGACCAUUGGGAAGGCACUAUUGACUUUCGAAGAGCUCGAGACAGUUCUGUGCCAAGUUGAAGCAUCGAUUAACUCAAGACCACUUACAUAUCAGAGUGAGGACGAUCUUGGACAGACUAUCACACCUUUGCAUUUGAUUUACGGCUCGAACAUUGUUGGUGCUGAAUGUGUCCCAAUGAAUGAUACCGACCAGUGCUCGAAACGAUUACUUUAUGUACAACGAGUGCUUGACGAUCAGUGGCGACGAUUUUAUCGAACGUAUUUAAACGAAUUACGGCAACAUCACUUCUACAGAAAGGAUGGCAGAGAAACACCUGAUUUAAAGUUGAACGACGUCGUGGUGGUGAAAGAUGAUAACCAACUGCCAAGAAGUAGAUGGCCAUUGGGUAAAGUUACGGAACUGAUCUAUGGAAAGGACGGAUUUAUUCGUGGUGCGAAGAUUCGGGUUAACACCAAGAAAGGACUUGUUUCUACGAUAACGCGUCCUAUUCAAAAACUGAUUCCACUUGAAAUAGCAAAUGAGACUGAAAACGAAGUUGAAAAAGUUGAAAAAAGUGAACUUGAAAAACCCGCUGAAGACACUCUCAAUGAAGAUGAGCAACAACGAAGGCCGACGAGAAAGGCUGCGGUUGAAGGACAGUUGAUGCGUAAACUCCGCGAAGAGUAUUUAUAG